CUACGAAUGUACGGCUAAAAACGGCCGACUCCGGUAGCCAACAAAAAUGGCGCUGUUGAAGGCAAGAAAAGCAUUCAAGGUUUGACGCGUGAAAAAUGAAAAAUGGGAGCAAAUGGAUCAUUGUUGGAGAAGGAGAUAGGUCACGAUCAGUUUCCAUCAAAUGAACACUACUUUGGUCUUGUAAAUUUUGGCAAUACCUGCUACUGCAACUCGGUGCUCCAAGCGCUCUACUUCUGCAAGCCGUUUCGGGAGAAAGUGCUGGAGUACAAGGCUCGUAACAAGCGCACGAAGGAAACGCUGCUCACGUGCCUGGCCGACCUGUUCCACAGCAUCGCCAACCAGAAGAAGAAGACGGGCACCAUUGCUCCCAAGAAGUUCAUAGCGCGGCUGCGCAAGGAGAACGAGCUCUUCGACAACUACAUGCAGCAGGAUGCGCACGAAUUCCUCAACUACCUGCUGAACACCAUCGCCGACAUCCUGCAGGCCGAGAAGCAGCAACUGCAGCAGAACUCGCAGGCCAACGCCAAGGGCAACAAGUGCACCAGCAGCGGAGACGCGGCUCAUCCUGCGGCGGGAGCCCCCAUAGCUUCAGCUGGUGCCACGGCACAGGGCAUGCAGAACCAGGUUGGGGGCGCUGCCCAGCCCCCUAAGCCCGAGCCCACGUGGGUGCACGACAUCUUCCAGGGAACCCUCACCAAUGAGACACGGUGCCUCAACUGUGAGACGGUGAGCAGCAAGGAUGAGGAUUUCCUGGACCUCUCUGUGGACGUGAGCCAAAACACAUCCAUAACCCAUUGCCUAAGAGGAUUUAGCAACACCGAAACGCUCUGCAGCGAACACAAGUACUACUGCGAAAAUUGCUGCAGUAAGCAAGAGGCGCAAAAAAGGAUGAGGGUAAAGAAGCUGCCCAUGAUACUUGCAUUACACUUGAAGCGUUUCAAGUACACGGAGCAGCAAAAUAGGCACACCAAACUGUCUUACAGGGUGGUCUUCCCCCUUGAACUAAGGUUAUUCAAUACGUCGGAUGAUGCCUACAACCCUGACCGGAUGUACGAUCUGGUGGCAGUAGUCAUCCACUGUGGAAGUGGUCCCAACAGGGGACACUACAUCUCCAUAGUGAAAAGCCAUGGCCUUUGGCUCCUUUUCGAUGAUGACAUUGUUGAUAAAAUCGACGCGACGGCAAUUGAGGACUUCUACGGCCUCACGUCGGACACGCCAAAGACAUCGGAGUCAGGCUACAUCCUCUUUUACCAGUCAAGGGAGUGACGUCUUCACCGGCUUGGAGCGACAGGAACAGGGGUGUGAGGUUCCCCAGUGUGCACGCUGUGUCCCUUGCCAGAGUAGUGUCAACUUUCGCUCUCUCUCACCCUGGCCGCCACUGACCAAGGUGUGCAAUAGAGGCAGGUCCGGGAGCAGAGGCGGCGGCCAUCUUUCUUGUCACCGUGUCACACGAGGAAGCAUCAUCAAACUCUGGACAAAUAUCUGCACAACGGCACAGCGGCGCAAGACUCGUUGCAUUUUGUAAAGGAAAGGUCGGCAGAGGUCGGUGAAGCGGUCUAAUGCUGAGGCGCAAAGAGGAAAAUGCGGCAUCUCAGCCAUAGCAGGGCUGGUAGAGUUUAUUGCGGCUGUAGAGGAAAUUUUGUCAGAACAAAUGGUGUGUAAAUAAUAAAGUUUUUUUUUUUUUUUUACAGCCGCAUCACAGACAGCAAAGAGGCUAUCAACAGCAAGGCAGACACCUGGUUCACUCUGCAGAUGUCUUUCUUGGCAUGCAAGGGCAGACAACAUACAGUGUGCAAGCACAUGAUGCAGAAUUUGUACGAGUGGCAGAGAGUCCCCAAGUCGCCCAGGUCAGAGCUGUAGAGCUGGGGGUUAAUGCCAAGAUUCCAGAGUGCUGGAGCUGCCUCGCUGUUGCGUAGUGGUUUGUAGAGAUAUAGUGUUCUAGGUUUCCAGGGGAUACAGGGGCUGUGUACAGAUUAAUUUAUGGUCACUAGGAUUUUAUUAAGAUGAUAAGCAGUUCAAGCUUUGGGGGCUUUCGGGAACAACUGGAAGAGUAUCACCUUCUGUGGUGAAUAGGCAAUAUGAAGUACUAUGAGAGUAUUCAAAAACAAAGGCUUCUUCUUUUGUUGUUGUUGUUAUUGUUGUUCUGAGUUUUUGAUGUCAGUUCUGAAAAGUUUCAUAAAUGACGUGACACGGAAGUAAAAAAAAAAAUAGAAAAAUAUCUUAGCACUUAUGCAUUUAGGUAAACAUUUCUUGAUUAUGGCUUUCAUUUUGUUAGCCGGAGAUGUUAAACUACAAAUAGAUUUCAAAGUUAGUCAAGAAAUGAGCGAAUCAAAAGUGCCCAUCAAAACAAAAUUGUACAAAAUACACCAGGCAUAGUGUGUGGUGUGAAUGUGUUUCUGUUUGUAGCAUUAUGCAGCACAUGUAAAAAGUGUAAGAAGAGUAAGAGCCUCAUUGACAGUGUAUAAUAUUGUACAGUUGCAUUGCCUCUUAUUAAAGCUUUGGAUGCA